GGUUAUGCCACUUUACAGUCUACCUUUGAGAGUUUUGUUGGUCCAUAUCCUCAAGUUAAUACGUUCAUGAUGGUCAUUUCAGUUUUAGCCAAUCUAGAGGAUAUGCAAAUUUUAAGAGCUUGUAUUGAACAAGUGAAAAAGUAUCCAGAGUUCUAUACUCUUCAUGAAGUCACGAGCUUAAUGGGAUUCUUCCCAUUCAGAAUAGAGAUGGGAUUAAAGUUAGAAAAAACUCUUCUCGCAUUGGGCAGUGUAAAAUAUGUGAAAACUGUAUUUCCCUCAAUGCCUGUGAAGUUGCAGCUCUCAAAAGAUAACAUAUCUACCACUGAGACACCAGAAAAAACAGCUGCAGCUAUGCAUUAUGAUAUUAGUAAAGAUCCAAAUGCAGAGAAGCUUGUUUCAAGAUAUCACCCUCAGAUAGCUCUAACCAGUCAAUCAUUGUUUACAUUAUUAAAUAAUCAUGGACCAAACUACAAGGAACAGUGGGAAAUUCCUGUGUGUAUUCAAGUAAUACCCGUUGCAGGUUCAAAACCAGUUAAAGUAAUUUAUAUUAAUUCACCACUUCCCCAAAAGAAAAUGACAAUGAGAGAGAGAAAUCAAAUCUUCCAUGAAGUUCCAUUAAAAUUCAUGAUGUCCAAAAACACAUCCGUUCCAGUCUCUGCAGUAUUUAUGGACAAACCAGAAGAUUAUAUGUCUGAAAUGGAAGUAUGUAAUGCUUGC